AUGCUCCCGCAAAGCCUAGCGAUUGCAGAUUUGGGUUGCUCUUCUGGUCCCAACACUUUCUUUAUGGUUUCUGAAGUUACCAGAACAGUGAAGAAGCUUUGCCGAGACCUAAACCAGCAGUCUCUGGAAUGCCAAGUCUUCUUGAACGAUCUCCCGGGGAGUGGCUUCAACAACAUCUUCCGGUCUCUUGGCAGCUUCAAGGACAAACUCAGUCGUGAAAUGGUUUCUGGGGUUGGUCCUUGCUUCUUAUCGGGAAUCCCUGGUUCCUUCUACGGCAGGCUUUUUCCUUCGAAAAGUCUCCAUUUUGUCCAUUCCUCUUGUAGCCUUAUGUGGCUAUCUCAGGUUCCCGAGGGAAUGGAGAACAAUAAGGGCAACAUCUAUAUGGCAAGCACGAGCCCCUCGAAUGUGUUGAAGGCUUGUUACCAGCAAUUUCAGAGAGACCUCCCGUUGUUUCUUCAGUGUCGUGCGAAGGAAGUGGUGGAAGGGGGUUGUAUGGUGCUCACGUUCUUAGGCAGAAGAAGUGACGAUCCCUUUAGCAACGAAUGCUGUCUAAUCUGGGAGCUUAUGGCCACAGCUCUCAAUGGCUCGGCCUCCACGGGAAUUAUAAAACAAGAGGAAGUGGACUCGUUCAAUAUACCUCAAUACACACCAUCCCCGUCUGAAGUGGAACAAGAGAUCGUGAAAGAAGGGUCAUUCAAAACCCAUCGUGUGGAGGUAUCUGCAGUGAACUGGAAUGCGUACGAUGACCGGAACAUAAUAGGCAGUGAAUUUAGUGAAUCGGAAGUAUUAAGUGAUGGUGGAUAUAACGUGGCAAAGUGUAUGAGGGCUGUGGCCGAGCCCUUACUGAUCAGCCACUUCGGAGAUGGUAUCAUCGAAGAAAGUUUUCAAGAGGUACCAAGAGAUCUUAACAGAUCGUAUGUCCAAAGAGAAAACUGA